AUGGAACAACUGUUCACCGGUCACUUCCUUAGUAGUCAGAGAAUUGCUAAAACAACGGAUCAUCUCAUGAGUAUGGCGCAAGGAGAGCAGGAAACUCUAAAGAAAUUCAUGCACUGUUUCAACACAGCAACACUAGAAAUCUGCAACCUAGAUAUGGGGGUGGCUUUAGCAGCCUUGACAAUGGCUCUUCAGCUCGAAAGUUUCUUAUACUCUCUAAGGAAAAAGCCGUCGAUGGAUAUAGGGGAGUUGAUGGCUCGAGCACAGAAAUACAUCAACCUGGAGGAGAUGAUGGACACAAGAGGAAGUCGCGUAGAAUGGAAAAGGAAAAGUAGUAACAGGGAGAUGGGAGAAUCCUAUAGAUCUGCGAAAAGACAAGAGACUAGUACACUACACGCAAGCCCAAAGAUAAGAGGGCAACCCAGUAAGUUCUCCACCUACACACCCCUGAAUGUACCGCACUAUGAAUUACUAAUGCAGAUUAGAAAGAAGGAUUACAUUUCGUGGCUCGAGCCCAUGCGAACAACUCUUCACAAGCGAAACGUGUCCAAGUUCUGGGCAUUCCAUAGGGAUCAUGGGCAUGACACAGAGGAAUGCAUCCAUUUGAAGGAAUAA